UCAAACUCUCGGUAACUACCGCACUGUCUCACCGCUGGACUCGCUGCCCGGGACCGGGACACUUCCACUCCGCCUCAGGGUCCGGGACACGCCGAGAGACACCUCCCCUCCGACCGGGUCCUGGCUCCCGGGGGCUUUUCCUCUGUCUCUUACCCGGGGAAGCUCGAGCCUCAGCGGGGCGAAGCAACGGUCUCCACCCGCUCCGUGUUGUGAUGGCUAGCCCCCGCUAGCAUGCUAGCUAGCUACAUGGCCGGUGCUGGAGCUGGUGCCGCCGCGGAGGAGAAGCCGAGAAUCCGCUAGCUCGCCCGGCUGCUGCCUCUCCACAGACCCGUUCCCACCUCCGGACGUUCCCCGGUGGUGGAGCCACGUAGCGGUCAGGGUGCUGGGUGUUACCGGGAAGGUUCGAAAGAUGAUAUCCAGAUCCAGAGGGUUCCUCAACAUGUUCCUCAACGUGCUCCUCAACACCAGGGACUGAUUUUCUUCACAAAGCACCAUGCACCUCCUCAGGCUGGACCUCCAUCACCUCUGCAGAGAUUCCUCCUCCUUGCAUCUGGAUUCAUCAGGCGGUUUUUAAAGACCCCCAAAAAACACUCAGGACUGGAUGUGCAGCCUUAUCUCUGUUCCCCCCCUCUCCCCUUCCAGCUUAUACCUGGUGAAACAUUAACAGUGUGUCUGUGUGGGUUGGAUAUGCACAGAUACAUAUAGUCGACUGUCAGUGUGAACUAAAGCCCAGAGGAGGACUAUCCUACACAGGGACAGACCCACACAGGAACAUGGCCUCUGUGUGGAAGAGACUGCAGCGGGUGGGGAAGCAUGCCUCCAAGUUCCAGUUCGUGGCGUCCUACCAGGAGCUGAUGGUGGAGUGCACGAAGAAAUGGCAACCAGACAAACUCGUGGUGGUUUGGACUCGCAGAAGUCGACGGAAAUCUUCCAAGUCUCACGGCUGGCAGCCUGGAAUCAAGAACCCUUACAGAGGAGUGGUGGUGUGGCCGGUCCCAGAGAACAUUGAGAUCACUGUCACUCUGUUUAAGGACCCACAUGCAGAGGAGUUUGAAGACAAAGAGUGGACGUUUGUCAUUGAAAACGAGUCUCCCUCAGGCCGGAGGAAGGCCUUGGCCACCAGCAGCAUCAACAUGAAGCAGUACGCCAGUCCCAUGCCCACACAGACCGACGUCAAACUCAAGUUCAAGCCGCUGUCCAAGAAGGUGGUGUCGGCCACGCUGCAGUUCUCCCUCUCCUGCAUCUUCCUCCGUGAGGGAAAGGCCACUGACGAGGACAUGCAGAGCCUGGCGAGCCUGAUGAGCAUGAAACAGGCCGACAUCGGCAACUUGGACGACUUUGAGGAGGAGAACGAGGAGGACGAGGAGAACAGGGUCAACCAGGAGGAGAAGGCAGCGAAGAUCACAGAGCUGAUCAACAAGCUGAACUUCCUGGAGGACGAGGAUCAGGACACGCCUCCCGCCAUGAGCUCCAAUCCCUUCGAGGACCCCGAGGACGACCUUCAUCAGAACCACCUCAACCCGUUUGGAGAGCCCGAGGAAGAGGAGGAGCCUCGGGCCCAGCCGCUCGUACAGAAGCUCGUCCACGAGGUUUCCUUCUACGACCACGACUCCUCGAAUCCGUUCAGUGAACCAGAUGAACUGGAGACACACACGUCCCCAGGGAACCCCUUCGAGGACCAGGACCAGGAUCUGGACCCUGAGCAGGACCAGGACCAGGACAUAGACCCCCUGCCAGACCCCGAACCCCCAAAGCCAAGGCAGAGGAAAGGUGUCCGGCCUGUUGACAUGAGCAAGUACCUGUAUGCAGACACCUCUCGCACCGAGGAGGAGGAGCUUGAUGAAUCCAACCCAUUCUACGAGCCAAGAGCAUCGAGCCCUUCAGGGGCCCCUGCUGGUGGCUCCUCCCCCGAUAUGGACCGGAGCCAGAAGAGGAGGGCUCCACUGCCCCCGGGUCCCGGCGCCGGACUUGGCCCCAGUCCACCGGCCCCCCACCCGCCCUGCCCGGGUCCGGAGAGAGAGAGAACGCAGCCGGUCGGGCCCAGCCCAGUGGCAGCGCUGAUGGGGCGAGAGCUGGCCUCCUCGUCCCCAAAGCCCAGCCCGGUCCCGAGUCCGAUCUUGGGCGGGAAGCCGAACGCCAGCCAGUCUCUGUUGGCCUGGUGCCGCGAGGUCACCAAGAACUACCGCGGGGUCAAGAUCACCAACUUCACCACGUCCUGGAGGAACGGCCUGGCCUUCUGCGCCCUGCUGCACCACUUCAGACCCGACACAAUAGACUACAAGUCGCUCAAUCCUCAGGAUAUUAAAGAAAACAACAAAAAGGCGUACGAUGUGUUUGCGAACCUGGGCAUCUCCCGCCUGCUGGAGCCGUCGGACAUGGUGCUGCUGGCCAUUCCCGACAAGCUGACGGUGAUGACCUACCUGUACCAGAUCCGCGCCCACUUCUCGGGGGAGGAGCUGAACGUGGUGCAGAUCGAGGCCAACAGCAACCGCAGCACCUACAAGGUGGGCGACUUCGAGACCGACACCAACGCCUCCAUCGGUCAGGACAAGUUUUACGCCGAGCUCAGCGAAGUGCAGCCGCGCCCGGCCUCCUCCGAGCCGCCGGGGUCGGCCGGCGGCGGCGGCUCCGCCUCCGAGUCCAACGGCACCAAAGCUGCAGAGGAGGAAGAAGCAGCGGAGCCGGGUUGGAAGGCUGGCGGAGCCGCGGUGUCGGCCAGCUCGCCACCAGCAGGUCGUCAGGAGUCGUCACCUCCGGUCCCAUCACCACGCACAGUAUUACCCACCGCCGCCACAGGCUCCACCCACGCCACGGCGCCCGGCUCGGAGGACCGGGGCCAGCUGCUCAAAGCAAACACUUUAGACUUUAGUGAGCUACCGCAGAGGGUGGAGAGGGAGGUGGAGAAGGAGCGACAGCAGAAGGAGGUGGGAGAGGAGGUGAGACAGGAGGGAGGGGCUGAGCCGGCGUCUCCCACCAGGAGAGGGGUCCCCUCCUCACCCCCCCACCAGAAACUGGGCUUCUCCUACAACAGGGACGCCGACCUCAUCAAGAAGAAGAGGGCCAGCCUGCGCCACUCCGAGUCUGAGCCCGCCUCAGACACCUGCCCCCCCGCCGCCGCCGCCAACCACACAGACACGCCUCCAAAACAGGAGCCGACGCCUGCAGCUGUGUCAAGUCCUCCGGCUGAGAAGAAGGUUCUCUCUCGUCAGGAGGAGCUGAAGGAGAGAGCCCGCCUCCUCCUGGAACAGGCUCGCCGGGACGCCGCCUCGAAGGCCGGCAACAAGAACGCUCCCAGCACCGCCGUGACCUCACUGACCAGGACCACGACCGUCUGUGAUGAGCGGGAUGCCGAGCGGCGGAGACAGCUGAGAGAGCGAGCCCGGCAGCUGAUCGCCGAGGCUCGGUCCGGAGUCAAGAUGUCUGACUUGACCUCGCUGGACCCGUCCGGCACCGACAGAGGGAAGGGAGGCAAGGGCCCGGCUGGAGGUCCCAACAGUCGACACGUGGACCUGAAGCUGAAGAAGCUGGUGGACGUCAGCCCGAGACCGGUCACCUCCCCUUCGUCUCCGUCCUCCACCUCCUCCUCUUCCUCGCCCUCGGCCUCCUCCACCUCUCCACUCAGCCCGGCAGAAGGACUGGAGAACAACGCUGAGGAGCUGCGAGCAGAGCGGCUGCGUAGAGCCACAGAGCGCCUGCGCAGCCCGGUCGUCUUCAACAAGGACUCUGCAGUCCGCAAAACCCAGCUCAAGUCCUUCAGCCAGUAUGUGGAGAGCCGACCAGAGAUGAAGAGGCAGAAGUCUGUGUCUGAGGAUCUGAAGAAGGCUGAAGAGGACAGAGGUUCACCGACAGAGAUUGAUAUUCGCAGACCAUUUGAAGAAGAGAAGGCGUUCAAAGACACCAGUCAGUAUGUGGUUGGGGAGCUGUCUGCGCUGGAGAGCGAGCAGCGGCACAUCGACGCCCGAGCCGCUCGCGUGGAGAAGAGGCUUCGCUAUCUCAUGGACACAGGAAACAAUAAGGAGGAGGAGGAGGCCAUGAUGCAGGAGUGGUUCAUGCUGGUCAACAAGAAGAACGCCCUGAUCCGGAGACAGAACCAGCUCUCUCUCCUGGAGAAAGAGCACGAUCUGGAGAGACGCUUCGAGCUGCUGAACCGGGAGCUGAGAGCCAUGCUGGCCAUCGAGGACUGGCAGAAGACCGAGGCCCAGAAGAGACGGGAGCAGCUGCUGCUGGACGAGCUGGUCAUCCUGGUCAACAAGAGGGACGCGCUGGUCCGGGACCUGGACGCCCAGGAGAAACAGGCCGAGGAGGAGGACGAGCACCUGGAGAGGACGCUGGAGCAGAACAAAGGCAAGAUGGCCAAGAAGGAGGAGAAGUGUGUCCUCCAGUGAUCGUCUCGUUCCACAGAGACACACAACCAACACAACCAACACAACCAACACAACCAACACAUGUAGCCGAUGGAAGAAAUGUAUCGUCGUCAUCCUUGUUGUUAUGAUUAUGAUUUGAAAAGCAGCGUUCAGACGUUUCCUCACGUGGUCGCUGCUCCGACUCCGACGCCUUCGCACCAACUUUCUACAAACUGUCCCGAGUGUGCACCCUGUUUUUAUUUUUCCCUUGUCCCUCUUUUACCAAGACACGGUACUUGUGUGUAAUCUGAUUGUGUUGAGACGAGUGCAGACAUGUGACCAGUGUGUGUGUGUGUGUGUGUGUGUGUGUGUGUGGAGCAGUGGGACCGAGGUACCGCACCACUGGGAUCAAUGGGCGACUUUUUAUUUUUAUCUUUUUAUUUUUUCCCAGACGAUGAGGCUGACGUCUCACUCGGACUUUUAAAAAGGAAAAAAAAAUAAUUUUUCAAGCUACUUCAUUACUUGACUGUAUCUUCUAAUUAUUUCUACUUGUAAAAUAUCUUAAAGGGCC